AUGGCUUGUGGGGUUGUUCUUAUUAUAGUGGGCACCUUGACGAAGAACGAGUCCCAAUCCCUCCGUACCUCGAGAGUGGUCGGGGAAGGGUGUGUGCUGAUUCUGGUGGGCAUCUUUAAUCUGGUGCUGUGUGUGCGCGAGGCUUAUGCUCAGGAUGUCGAGCUGAUGGACCGCCUGUCGGAUCUGUCGGCGCAGUACCUAGACAUCCUGCACUCGCACGGGGGUCAAAAGG